CAAAACUCACCUCAAAAUAUCUUGCAUGCCUGCGUCCUUGUGAUCAUAUUUUAGUUCACUACAUUACCACGCAGACCAUUCACAGCACAAAUAUUUUCCAUCUUAUUAAUUAAGACUGUUUUCUUCUCUAGUUUACCAUAUUUUUCUUUUUCUAUACAUACAUACACAUAUAAAUAUAUAAAUAUUUUGUAUUCUUUUGUAAGCCAAUUAGUCCCCUUCUGAGUUUCUUUCAAUUCAAAAAUGGUGUCAACUUCUCCUUUUUUACGUACUGCAGCUGAGUACUGCAUUGAGUCAUUCCUUGGUCUCAACCCGAAAACUCUGAACCAAAACAAGAAGAAAUGGCAUUCGGCUUUUGUUACUAUCUACUGCUCUAGAGCUUUCUCCUCACUUUUCAAAGCUUCUCCAUCACCAAAAACUAGCUACACCAAAAUUCCAGCCUCUUCUUCCCACACUGUUGUCAAUGUCAAGAUUGAAAACGACUUUGAAAUCGAUCAGAACAGGCUCAACCAGCUCACCAAGGACAAAGAUCUUUCUCAGCUUGCAAAGUUAGGUGGGACUGACGGCCUGACCAAGGCUCUCAAAACUGAUGCCGAACAUGGAAUUCAUAGUGAUGAUGGAGACAUCACCCGAAGAGUUGAAGAGUUUGGCUCAAACACGUAUCGAAAGCCACCUACGAAGAGCUUCUUCCAUUUUGUGUGGCAAGCUUUCCAGGAUCUUACUAUUGUCAUUCUUAUAGUUUGUGCAGCACUCUCUCUUGGCUUCGGCAUGAAAGUGCAUGGAACUAAAGAAGGUUGGAUCGAUGGUUUGAGUAUUUUCAUUGCUGUUUUUCUUGUUAUUGGUGUGUCCGCAAUCAGUAACUGCAGGCAGAACAGACAGUUCGACAAGUUAUCCAAAGUUAGCAACAACAUCCAAAUUGAAGCCGUCAGAGAUGGACGACGCCAGCAAAUUUCGAUAUUCGAAAUCGUUGUUGGAGAUAUCGUUUGCUUAAAGAUUGGAGACCAAGUUUCAGCUGAUGGUUUGUUUAUAGAAGGGCAUUCUUUACAAGUUGAUGAGUCAAGCAUGACAGGGGAGAGCGACCACGUAGAAGUUAACCACAAACAGAAUCCUUUCUUGUUUUCUGGCACCAAAGUGGUUGAUGGCUAUGGGAAAAUGCUUGUGACUUCAGUUGGAAUGAACACAACAUGGGGACAGAUGAUGAGCCAAAUCAAUAGCGAUUCAAAUGAACAAACACCUUUACAAGCUCGCCUCGACAAGCUUACUUCGGCCAUUGGUAAGGUUGGUUUAACAGUUGCACUCCUUGUUCUCAUUGUCUUGUUUGUUCGCUACUUCACGGGGACUACAAAAGAUGAAUAUGGAAACAAAAAAUUCAACGGAAGCAAGACAAAGAUUGAUGACAUAGUGAAUGCUGCGGUGGAGAUUGUAGCAGCUGCAGUCACAAUCGUGGUGGUUGCGAUUCCAGAAGGUUUGCCACUUGCUGUGACGCUUACACUUGCAUAUUCAAUGAAGAGAAUGAUGGUGGAUAAUGCAAUGGUGAGGAAGCUCUCUGCUUGUGAGACCAUGGGAUCUGCCACCACCAUUUGUACUGAUAAAACAGGUACUCUUACUAUGAACCAGAUGAAGGUCACAACCUUUUGGCUUGGUAAAGAAUCUGUUGUUGAAAAUUAUUACUCAAAGAUUGCACCAUAUGUAGUAGACUUAUUCCGUGAAGGAAUAGCUCUUAAUACCACUGGUAGUGUAUAUAGGCCAAGUUUGGGAGCAGAGUUUGAAAUUUCAGGUAGUCCAACAGAGAAAGCAAUUCUUUCAUGGGCUGUUCAAGAUUUGAGUAUGGAUAUGGAGGAAGUGAAGAAAGGUUGUGCCAUUCUUCAUGUUGAGGCAUUCAAUUCUCAGAAGAAACAAAGUGGGGUUUUGAUGAAAAGAAAGACAGAUAAUACAAGAUGGAUACAUUGGAAAGGAGCCGCAGAAAUGGUUUUGGCCAAGUGCUCAAGCUACUAUGAUGCUUCUGGAAUCGUUAAAGAUCUUGGGGAAAAUGAAAAACUUGAGUUUGAGAAAAUCAUUCAAGCAAUGGCAGCCAGCAGCCUAAGAUGUAUUGCUUUCGCACACAAACAAAUUGAAACUACAGGGCAUGAAGGCUUAGAGGGACAUGAAACGAUACAAGAAGAUGGCUUGAUUCUACUAGGCAUGGUUGGUAUUAAGGAUCCUUGUCGUCCAGGAGUGAAGAAAGCAGUUGAAGCUUGUCAGCACGCUGGAGUUCACGUCAAAAUGAUCACAGGUGACAACGUAUUCACCGCAAGAGCCAUAGCCACAGAGUGUGGAAUCCUUAAGCUAGGCCAAGACAUGAGUGGAGCUGUUAUAGAAGGUGUAGAGUUUCGAAACUACACACCUGAGGAAAGAAUGGAAAAGGUUGACAAAAUAUGCGUCAUGGCAAGGUCAUCUCCUUUCGAUAAACUCUUAAUGGUGCAAUGUUUGAAACAAAAAGGCCAUGUUGUAGCAGUCACUGGAGAUGGAACAAAUGAUGCUCCAGCAUUGAAAGAAGCUGAUAUCGGACUCUCAAUGGGAAUCCAAGGCACAGAAGUGGCAAAAGAAAGCUCGGAUAUCGUUAUCUUGGAUGACAAUUUUGCUUCAGUGGCCACGGUUCUAAAGUGGGGUAGAUGUGUUUACAACAACAUCCAAAAGUUCAUUCAGUUCCAGUUGACGGUGAAUGUGGCUGCACUUGUGAUCAACUUCGUGGCUGCAAUCUCAGCAGGAGAAGUUCCAUUAACAGCUGUUCAACUAUUAUGGGUGAACUUGAUCAUGGACACAUUAGGAGCUUUGGCUUUGGCCACAGAGAAGCCCACAGACGAACUCAUGGAAAAUCCACCGGUGGGUCGAACAGCGCCCCUCAUUACCAACAUCAUGUGGAGAAAUCUCUUAACUCAGGCAUUUUAUCAAAUAUCCAUCCUUCUUACACUACAGUUCAGAGGCAAAUCGAUAUUCAACGUGAACGAGAAGGUGAAAGACACUUUGAUCUUCAACACUUUCGUUCUCUGCCAAGUUUUCAACGAGUUCAACGCUAGAAAGCUAGAGAAGAGGAACGUGUUCAAAGGAAUUCAUAGGAACAAAUUGUUCUUGGCAAUCAUCGCCAUUACCAUUGUUCUCCAAGUGUUGAUGGUUGAGUUUUUGAAGAAGUUUGCUGACACAGAGAGGUUGAACUGGGGACAAUGGGGAGCGUGUGUUGGACUCGCCGCCAUGUCUUGGCCAAUUGGUUGGAUUGUGAAGUGCAUACCUGUUCCGAAGAGACCAAUAUUUAGCUACAUCAAAGCUGUGACAUAUAAUAAGCUUCAAUUUUUCUUGCGUAGAAGAAAAGUUUGAAUUGGGUUUUGUAGGUAUGUAAAAGAGUAACAUUAUUCUUUUUCAUUUAUUUGUUUCUUCAUUAAUAUUUGUAAUUUUUUAAGCACUUAAUUAUUCUUGUAAACUUAUAAAUAAAAUCAUAUGUUUAUUACUCAAUACAA